AUGACUCAAACACAUGCAGGCAAGUACGAGUGCAAGUGCGUGCUGCCACCGCCGCUGGCGAUGUGUGGUCCGACGGUCGGAUAUGAGGACGUCGCGGCGUCGCAUGUGCAGCCGCUGCCGGCCCCAGACGCCCCAAACUACCUGUGGUGGCGGUACAACCUGGCACAGUACUUGGGAGGCGCGUGGUACUCGUUCCUCGAGGAGGGAAAGUGUCCGCACACGCCAGCGGCAGCGGCAGCGGCGCCGUUGCAAUUGGCCAACAACAGCAGCAACACCAACACCGGUGACAGUUGCUACUGGCGUGUGGUGGAUGUGCGCAAGCGCGUGCGUAAGAACUGCACGGAUGCGAUUAUUCAGGCUGCAGUGCAGUCGGUGCACCCAGACUGCUUUGGAGCCUGCAAACAACCACGCAACGUGACGAGCCCCUGCUGGAUCGAGUGCUUCUUCUCGACUUUGAUGGGCAAGACGAGUGCGCACGAGGUGUACGACCCAUCCCAUGCCCUCAACACCACGCUCUUGCACGGUGCAUUUCUGCAAUCGUUUGCUGACCCAGAGCACCAAGGGUGCCCGCCCGUUUAG